AUCAUCGAGUCCGGGGACUUCACACUUGUACGGUGGUGCCGUUCGGGGUAGACCACCCCUCUCCCUCUCGCAGCCCUGUUCUCCAGCCAAUCGGCGUAUCUGGAACCCCGCACCACGAACGAUACCAGUGCCCGCCUCGGACUUGGCGCGUGAUCUGCCCCUCAGCCUGUCUUCCAUGGUCUCACCCAUUCCCGGACGACCGUAUGCCCUUGUUCUGGAGAACUUUAUUGCCACUUUCAACCUGGUGAAUCAAAGCGGAGCUAAUGUAGGCAAACUGGGAAAAUUCCAGGUAAUCUUUGUGACAUGGAUGCUUCCUAGUACUGGCUUAGUCUAUACUAUAUCGAUAAGUUCAAUCCUGUCGCGUGAAUAUCGUCUGUCAUGGUGGUAUUUUAUUUUAAGCAGUUGGGUCAGUCAGUAAGUUGAUGGUGGUGGUAAUAAUGUUGGUUAUUUUUGUCGUUAUUACGUGAAAAUAUGUACUCCUGAGUCCACUGGAUCUGAUCGAAAAGCGCGGAUCGUCCAAAUACACAAUCAACCCGUCCGUCGAAGGACAGCAGUUGCGGGGGACUUCUUGGUGCAGGGGAUGUUUCCUGCAGGUGGACGUUACCGGAAGACAACUGGCAGAGCCUUUUUCGAUGGUGGACAACUUGAUGGAUGCAUUGCCGAGAGCCUGCUUAUUUCGCAACUAAUUUUCACUGAGGGCCGUUCCACUGAGCGCCACCACAGUUCGCGGCUGGACAGACCUGGUCUGUAUGCGGCUGCUCUCCUUCCUGAUCACAUUCGUGCGUCAUGAACGUCUCGAAGAUCUUCAGCCGUCUUUUGGCACAACUCAAAGUUGGCGCUACACGCAGACCGGGCGCAAUCACCAGGCGUCAGGUAAUGAGAAACAUCUGGAGUCGUUUACCGGAUGUGAUAGAGUUGCGCGCAGGGCAGCUACCUCGGAGAACCAGGCUGUCCUCGAUGCGAAUGGUCGAACACGCGGCAGCAGAGUGCGGAAAUGACGCCAGCGCCGAAGUCGUGACUCAUUCGACAGGACUCGAUCACACAUUACAUUUUGACGAGUUCGAAAUUCUCGAGUCAUGGUUAACUGUCUCCAAUCUAUUAUCAAGUACGAUGACCUCCCCCCCCCAUAUUCCGUGCUCAGACUAAGCCCGAACAGAAUAAUUAGCCAUGGCGGGGGGUGGGGGUGGGAGAGGGGACGCAUCGGUGCACACUGUUCCCGACCCUGUUAUCGAUGAGCCGAAUAGCUGGGUCAUUGUCACACCAACAUCCAGCACCAGGCGUGAAAUUGCGGCGAAUAACUACUGGAGGCCGACCAUUCAGCAAGUACUACACGGAGGGCAGCCAUUAGCGAUGAAGGGGAAACUUUUAAUUUGGCUAGGUAUGCAGUAUGCAGAGGUUAGUGUCAACCUUCGUCCUGCUCAGCUUCCCUCCCACCUCCACCAUCAGUCAGUUCCGGGGGCACUCUCGCAAGCGCGGGCGUAAGUCACUUGAACCUGCAAUAGCUAAUGCCGGGAUAACUGCUAAGGGUGGAUUGGGGAAUGAUUCCGUUUUGCUUCCUGCCAGCUCUCUGGUCCACACGCCGAUUCGCGUAGCAAUUUGCACCAAGGGAGCCUGCGAGCACAUCAUUUCCGUCCUUUACACUCAAACCACUGGCUCAUAAUGAUAACCUGCUGACGGCUGCUCCCACUAGCGCGCUGUCCACCACUCCGGCCCAAGCCAAAAUUGGCUAUAGUCCUCUGGCUCCUCCUUCUCCCCUCCUCCUCCUCCUCCUCCUCCUCCUCCUCCUCCCUCCUCCCUCCUCGUCUCACCCCUACAAUUAUGGCGUGGAAGCAUUUUUCCUUAUUUACCGCACUUAUGCCAGUUUUUCUGUUAUUUCAUCUGACGACGUGGUUGGUUUGUCGAGAUCACAGUAAACUAUGAAUGGCGUACUGAACUUCCGGAUGGCAUCUUGUACGAUGAAGCAAUGGAAAUAGAAGUCGUCUCCAGAUCGUUUACCUUCAUCAAUCGGGAACUUUUCGACUCACGGGAAAGGGGAGGGAGCAGAGGGACAGGGAAGCGGUUCAAACCAGAAUUAACUAUUUUGGAACUCAAGAUAUGGGUUCUUCUGAGUCCAGAUGGAAUCAGUAGACGUGUAGAGGACAGAAACCCUCUGACUAGUUAAGGGUUAGUAGAAGUCACAAUCUCAGUGUCUCAUGACCCUCUUCCAUUUAGCAGUCGCAUACCCCUCCUGCCGAUACUCCGGUGCAGGCAGACAGCUUGACGUCAAAUACUUAGUGUUUAGUUAGUCAUAUUCUCAACACGUUUUGAAAACGAAGCCGCUCCGGAAAGCUUAUGACUUUUCUCCUGGUGCUCAUUUUAGCGGCUGAUGUGCAUCGGCUGCCGAGACCAUACGCUCUCCACCUGGUUUCCGGUGCUUGCGACUGGUCCUGUGGCCGCCCAGCUCUAUGACAAUCAGAGUUUCCUUCUCAACUGCGACCUCCGGAAUUCCCUCCAGACCCUUCUGCUCAGUCUGAAUGACUUCGAUUUCCGUCUUGAUCCAGUUAUUCUUGGCAACUAG